AUGAGCGAUCCCUUGGAACGCUUCCUCAGGGACCUCCUGCGGGAGAACAAUGCGGGCGACGUUACGAUUGCCGACGACAAUGCAUCAACACAGACUCCCCUACCAAUGCUUAGGCAUCUGAGUGCUUCGGUUUCCUCUGACCUCAGUAUGAGUAUUUCCUCUCUACAAGAGAACUCAUCCACUUCGCUAGAUAGCAUGUUGAGCUCUUCCGGAUCUCGCUGGGAUAGUAUCCCAAGCAUUGGAAACCAAAAGCCCAAGAAGGAGCGGAUUCCCUGCAUGCCGCGCCGAUCACUGGACCGCGAAUCUGAUGCCGUUGCGGUGGUGGUGGUGGCGGCGAAAGAGAACGACCACCAGGAUGCAGCAUAG